CCCAAUUGAUAGGUUUAUCAGUUGGAAAAACUCCAACGGAAAUUGCAAGCAUCAAGAUGGUGAGCCAGACAACGAUUGCGGUCACUGGUCUGCUGCAAGUGCUGGGCAUAUCCUUUUUCGUGUCCCAGCCGAAGGAUCAGUCCUCGCCGGCUCCCCUCAUCGGCGGCCACAUCUUUCUGCUGGCCAUCCUCUUGCUGUUUUGGGACUCAGACAUGAUACCCAAGAGAUUCAGGCAAUUUUCACCCAGGAUUUUCGCCUGUGCCGAUCUGUUAUGCACUAUCUUCGUCACCGAACUGUUGAUGCAGGUGGGCUGGUGUGGAUUCGAAAGGAUUACCCAUCAGACUGUGCGGCUUGUCUGCCACAGGCGAUUGUGGUGCGAGUACGGAUUGACUACAUUUUGCACGGUUUUCGGGGCCAUUGCAUCGCUGUGCAUUGUGCUCGAGGUCGUGUGUCCCAUCCAGCUGAAAGAUUCGGUGGCUGAGGUCCUGGGCAGCCUACCCAUUCCCAUGCCCGCCAGUGCCGGACCCGUUUUAAACUACCUUCAGGAUGUGCGCACCUAUGUGAUGGGCGCCAUCUACUUUUGCCAACUAACUCGGGAGCAACGUUUGCUAUCGGUUCGCGCCUUUGAAAUGCAACUGCUGCGUUCCCAGAUGAUGCGGAAGAAGGAGGAGCCCGCUGUCCCCAAUCCCGAAAGUCAAGUGGACGAGGAAAUGCCGGACAACCAGGAUCAAGCGACAGAGCCGGAGCUGUUGUCCUCGUGAAUUGUUUAUUAUUUAUACAAAUUUAUGCCAACAGCUGUUGCUAUCGCCGGCCUUA